UUAGUCUAUUUCGACGCGAGCAUUGUAACGGAUCGCAGGUCACGGACGCUUGGAUUAACGGUACUGUUGCCCUGAGUGUCAUCUGUGUGUGAGAGUGCGUGUGACCGGUCAACAAAAAAAUUUAACAACAAAGCAAAGAAACCCCACAAAACCCCCUAAGUCCACCACUCGUGGAUUAGUGGAUUGAAAAGUGCAUAAGUUUAACAGUUGGAAUUUAAAAAAAUCGUUUCCAAGAUGUUUUCAAACGAAAUAUGAUCGAAAGCAGCUGAUAAACAGCGGGAAAACAGCAGUAAAACAAAACCAAGUGAUCGAGAUAAAGGUGUUUAACUUAAUCGGCAUCUUGAAAAGGAAGAAAAAUCAGAGGCUUUCAAAAAAGUCAUAUAAAAUAUCAGAAGGAGCAGGAAGCCAUUCGAAACAUAAAUCCGCCAACAAUCAACAUGUUUGGCCAUCUCAGUUUGCUGGCCGCUCUGUUUUUCAUCGGCACACUGAAAGAUUUCCGCGUUGCUGGGCUGAGACUGACCGAGGUUCGCAUUCCGAUGUACGUGAUUAAGGGUACCGCGGCGCAGUUGGAGUGUCUUUACGAUCUGGAUGGCGAGGCCCUCUACUCCGUGAAAUGGUACAAGGAUGGCAACGAGUUCUACCGCUAUGUGCCGAGGGAUAUGCCGCCUGCCCAAACGUUCCUGCUGCCUGGUGUUAACGUCGAUUUACACAACUCGAGCGACGCGAUUGUUACGCUGCGCAACGUCAAUCUGCAGUCGGCGGGCCGCUUCCGGUGCGAAGUUUCUGGUGAGGCACCCUCCUUCCAAACGGUCACCGAGCACGGCGACAUGAUUGUUGCGUAUCUUCCGGACGAAGGAUCACCGAAAAUCAGCGGUGGACGACCGCGUUACCAAAUCGGAGACUAUGUUCGGGUUAAUUGCACCGCAGGACGUUCCAAGCCUGCUGUGAAACUAUCCUGGCAAGUGAAUGGAGAGCCAGUUGAGCAGCAGAAACUCCGCAAAUACGACACAAUUGUAUCGGGACGAGAUGGUCUAGAAACUUCUGUGCUGGGCCUUCAAUUCCGGGUGGAACAGAAACACUUUCGCAAAGGCAACAUGAAACUAAAGUGCAUAGCCGAAUUGUCGACCGUGUACUGGAGGUGCAACGAGGAGUCCGUGGAGGGCGACCGGCCGCAGAAGGCGCCGGUGCUCGAGUCCCGGGAAACGGUCUACGCCAGCAACUCACGCGCCGAUCCCGUCCAAGCCAGUUCCACGGCUUCAGCGCCCUCCACACCAAUCACGCCACUCGUCCUCCUUCCGGUGGCGCUGGCGGUGAUGGUGAUGGCAACCCUGGCGCAGGGAAUCACGAGAGAUAUAGAUACAGAUAAAAUAUCCAUGGAUCGGACAGCGCCUGGAGGGAUUGGGAUAACGAAAGAAACUCAGCAGGCGAGAGAGUUGCUGGCUGGCCGCAAGGAGGAAAAUCGCAGGACGAGUCACGGAAAAUCCGCAACGCAGCUGGAGAAAAUUGCAUUGACUGCACGGUAGCUGCAUUAAGCCACAAGGCGGCUAUUUCCCUCCACAACACACACUUUUCACCGAUUUUUCCGUCUUCGCUUUGCAUAGAAAAUAAAGAAACUCACUGAGAAUCAAAAACAGGAAAUGAACAAAAAAAAAAAAAAAAAAAGUAAUUCAAGCAAAACGAAAGAAAUGCAGCUAAUUUCUUUAUGCCGUUAACAAAAGCUUUCAUGAAUUUAAUUUGAAACAAACCCUAUCUAGAGAAUAAAUUACAUUUACUUGUCUGAGAAUGAGAAAAAUUGUAUAUGAAAAAGCGUGCUAAUGUUUUAACUCUCUUAGGAAUGUUAAAGCCUGUGUCGAAUGAAAAAUCCAACUGUAAAUAGUUAAUGUUUAAUAUAUAUAUUUAUGUAUCUGUAUUGUAUGUUAUUAAUGGUUAAGCUCAUUCACACACAAAACAGAAUUUAAAUAUCACACGAAAGGAACAGAGCAAAAGUGAAUGGAAAAUCCUUCCAUAAAAGUUGGUCAAGGCAAAAUACGAGUUUAACAGAAUAUAAAAAUAUGAGUAACCAUAAAUUAAUAUGUAGGAAAAAUAUCGUUAAGAUUGUUUUAGCUAAGCGAUGAUGAAGGGGAAUUUUAAGCAAAACACAUGGUGAAUAUUUUGUGAAGUAUACAGUGCGUUACGAAAGUAUGUGAACUUCAUUUGGCAUGUCUGAAUAAUAUGGAAACAAAUAAAUUGUUAAUAUAAACUUAUAUACCAAUUAAAUUAAAUUUUUGAUAUCUGACCGUAUGUUUAGUGUAUGAUAAAAUAAUUUCAACGCGCUAUACUUUCGUUACGCAGUGUAUAACUGUCACUCGAAUUCAACCGAAACAACCUAAAUGUCUUCUUUGAUUAGAUGAUUUGUCUAUAAAAUUUCGUUGUUCGUUGAGCAUGCAUUAAACAAUGUAAAAUUGUAAUUAGAUAAACGUAAUGAAUGCUACCGAUAAGGAAUCACAAAAAAACAAACCAAAAAGCACUUAAUUUUAAAUUAAACAAAAAAAUUAAAGAAAAGAGAGAAAAACUAAUCAAAGUUAGGAAUUACAACUUGGUGACUGUUGGAAAAGUCUUAAAACUAACAAAAACAUAUCGUACAUUUAUAUGAAUUGCCAAAGUCUUAAUGGGUAUUAACUAAAACGCGUGCGUGCUUCUGUGUGUGUUUGAUCCUUUUUGAAAAUAAAACUAAUAACAUUCCGGGUUCGACUUAGCCAUCAUCCAGAGGAAAUGUAAACCGUUUAGUUAGCCAAAUAUUAAAAACAAUAGCAAGAGUCAAAGGAGCAUGAGUAAUGAACGCAAAUUUAAACAAUAGCAAACUGAUUGUGAUGAAGCCUUAAAAACAUAGUUGAACUCAAUUCGUAAGUGAAAUUAAGUGAAAUGAAACGAAAUCAAAUGAAAUGAAAUGAAAUGUAUUGGAUUUUAUUGUGUAAAUAUAAAGGCGAUUUGUCCAUGGAAUCCAUACUUUUUUGCCCUUUGAUGUCCAUAAAUUCUGUGUGUAAAUAUGAUUACGAGCUAACUAAAUUAGAGUUAAGACGUCAGCAGCAGCAACACAAAAUCAUGGAACGAAAGAAAACAAAAGCCAGAGCCAAUUUUAAUUAUAAGCGAAAAACAAAAGAUAAAAAUAUAUAAAUUACACAUUUAAAUAUCGAUGAGCGAACAUUCAAAUGGUAAUUGAGUACAAUUGUGGGGGCCUGCAUUGGUGAAUGUGUGUGCGAAUGGGGAUUAAAAUAUAGAUAUAGUAUACAUUAAACACACAUAUACAGAAUCUGCAUUGUUGUCAACUGUAACUGAUUUUUAAAUCUUAUUUAAUAUCGAUGCCAUUAAUAGCAAUUAACAAGAAAACUACUAAGCAUAAAAAAGAUGAAAACAAUGCAAAAGUACUAAAAAAAAAAACUAUAAAUUGCAUUAACGUUAAUUCGAAACACAAAAAAAAAAAAAUAAAUGUGUGGUAAUUGUAAGUGUAAAUUAUUUGUGUAUUUAAAUAACAACUUUUAGAUGUAUUAAAAGGCAAGAAAAUAAAAAGCAAAAUGCAUUCAACUCUAUACGAUAAACUCUAUGUGAAACCGUAAACAAUUCAAACCUUAAAGCUGCCAUGUAAGCAAAUAGGAAUUAUUUACAACUCAACUCAAAUCAAAUGCCAUAAAGUAACUUCAACUGAAUUUAAAUGCCAGACAAAGGGCAGACGUCUCUGUAAAUAUCUUUAAGCCUCAUUCAAUUUGCGAAAUUACUCGCAUGCGAUCAAAAACUGAACGAAGAAUUGUGAAGUAAACGAGUGGAAAUUCAUUAAUAAAACAUAUUUGUUUCAAAAUCAC